CGCCUCGCGCGCCGGGCGGGAAGCGCCGAGGGCGGGAGAUCGUGAGGGCCGCGAUGGCGGCGGCCGGCGAGGAGCGGCAGAUGCUCGCUCAGAGGCUGAAGGCGGCGGUGCACUACACAGUCGGGUGCCUGUGCGAGGAGGUGGCGGAGGACAAGGACGUGCAGUUCAGCAAACAGAGCAUCGCAGCCAUCUCGGACAUCACCUUCCGGCAGUGCGAAAUCUUUGCAAAAGACCUCGAAAUGUUUGCAAGGCAUGCAAAACGAACCACAGUCACUACAGAAGACGUGAAGCUUUUGGCUAGAAGAAGCAAUUCUUUGCUAAAAUAUAUCACUCAGAAGAGUGAAGAGCUUGCAUCAAGUAACAUGGAACAGAAGGAGAAGAAGAAAAAGAAGUCCAGCACAGCCAAGGGAGAGAGAACUCCUGGGGAACAAGAAGCAGCUGUGACUGAAAACGAAGACUCCAACAUGGCAUGAUUUAUUUUUCUAGUAAUGUUUCAGGUCAUUUUCUCUUACUGUCCUAGAGAAACCAGAAUUAGCCUGGAAUUCAUCUUGCAGGCUAGCUCCAGGAAUGAAUAUUUAGGAUUUCAGGUGAAUGUGGUUGGAUUUUUAUUGUUCCAAAAAUGAAAAGUCUGUCAGAAUUCAGUAAGCUUACAGCCAAAAUGCCUUAAUUGCUCACAAAAAAUAUCUGUUAUUAAAAUCAAAAUACUUUAAAUAAAGAGUUUGAAACCAUUUUCACUGAA